UCAACUCCUAGCUUAAUAGAUGGGACUGUGGCUCAGUCAUUAAAGCAGCACCAUAUUAAAUAUGGCAGUCAGGAGUUGGAGGAAGGAGGCUCAUCGAAGGGCUUUAGUGCUUCUCACUCAGAUAACUGGGAGGAAGAGCCCAGUGCCCUUUUCUGGGAGUUCCAUUGAUGCUGAAAAAAUGCAAAUUAUAGAGCAGUUGUUGCUCCACAAAGGUGGCCACGGCCAGACAAGGACGGGUAACGUUGAUUCACAUUCUGCAAAAGCAAAACUCAUGCAGAGUGGGAAAAAUAAGCCUCCAACCAGACGUGUUUACUUCCCAUACCUGACUGAUGGUCCAAGGUUAAAAAGCACCUUUCCCAGAGGAAGUCCCAACAAAAGCCAGAAUCCUCAGCCAGCAAAGGUGUCUUCCCAGGCAGUCAAAAGUGCCACUGAUAGUAAAAUUACAAGACAACCCAGGAGCACAAGACAGGCUGCUCUAUGCCAAAUUGAGCCUUCAAAAAGGAUCAAUCAAAUAAAGCCAAAAACAGGAGAGGUCAGCAGAAGACAAAGCAAUGUGUGCUCAGAGCAACCACUGAAAACAGCAGGUCAUCUGUUAGCUAAGCACAACCCAGCUCGGAGAAGGUCAGGAUCUAUUCCAAAGAUGACCAACAGUCAAUCUCAGAGGUCGAGGCGUCACAUGGACUUGAGCAGCAUCAAUAAUGAAGACCUAAAAGAGUUCCUGCUGUUACUGGGAAUUCAUCACAUCGAAGAUCUUGACUCUGUGGUACCAGACGAACCCCCCACUAAAGCUCAAAUUAGUGCAUUCAGGAGUCUGUUUAAGCUCUUUGCUAAGAAAAGUAAUAGGUAUAUUCAUGCCAGUGCUCUCAGAUCUACGCUAGCCUCUGUGGGAACUCCCAUCAGCCCAGAGGAAGCCCAGAUGGUUCUGGAGAGGGUUGACCAUGAUAAGGAUGGACUGGUUGGAUUUCAGGACUUUCUGUACACAAUGACCGAGAGAAAACUGUUCUUCAGAUGGGUGAAAGCUGAAGUUACAAACCAGGCAGACGUGCCAGAGAAGGUGUUUUAUAAAACCCUGACUAAGAUGCUGAACGACGGAGCUCUGCCCUGCAGCAUCGCAGAAGAGAUCUUACACUAUUACCAUCAUAAAACGCUGCGCCUGAUUCACCGCACCGCUCGUCAUGAUGACGACGGAGGUCAUGUGAUUAACUGCAAACAACUGAUGAAGUACAUAAAGCCUUUGGAGAAACAUUCUCAGAUAAACAGUCCCUACCUGCAGCAUCCCAGUCUGAGCGUCAAAAAGGCUCCUCGCACCAGGCUGCCACGCACAGGCAGAAUUAGGUCUGCCAAGAACUGGAAGAUCGUCGAGUUUGAGGACCGGAACAGACAGCUUUCAGACAAGCAUUCUGGGGUGGAAACUAAAGAGAUGGUCACCCCGGUGAAGAUCAAAGUAAAGCUGGCAUUGAAAGACCGAGACCUUACCUAUGAUCAGAUCGAUCAGAUUCGCUCUGAGUCUCAGGCUGGACUGAAGCGCUACCUGGACACUCUGACUCAGUAUAAACGAAGGGACUGGUGGCACCUGUGGGGUUUGCUGCAGAACUACUGUCGCCAACAUGACCGCAGGGAUUUCGCACAAACCUUCAGCACGUACUCAUGGUCCUGGAGCAUCUGCAGGGAGAUGAUGGAUGUCAAAGAGCUGCUGCAGGACCAACUUUCUCUACCAGAGCUUCCAGUUAAGUCUGUGGGUGGAGGGAAGAGAACACGGCACCACAAAACGGUUUUAAAACUCCGGUCUGUGCAGCGGCAAACCUGCACACAUUAGACCAGCUUACAUUAAAAGUUGUUGGAUGCAUGGA